AUGGGGGGGAUCAGUGAUCUGGGACUUGGUGUCAGGUCAGAACAGGCGAGUGUAAGCUCUGUGUGGCAUUAUAAGAAAUAGAACCUUCGCCAAAGGGACCGCUUUCUAGCUGGAACAGGGGAACGGAUUGGGGAACUAGCUCUCUGUGCUCCCAGGGGCUGGACGGCACUCAGUCCUGGGAGCUGCUCCGUCAAGACCUAGUUAUGGAGGUUAAAACACUGACUGCCAAUCUUUAUUUGGAACACACCGCUUUUAUGCACAGACCCCCACAGGGGGCUCUCCACUCAGUACAACACAAUCCCAGGCAGAAGUGGGCUGGGUUACAGAUAGCCAUCUCCUGCUCUGGGAGAUACCAACAGCACAUACAGGUACACACGUUAAAACACGUAAACUACUCAAAAGUACAUUUUCAAUUUCAAAAGGGGUUCAUUGGAUUUCAUGGAUUGUCCAAGCUUCCAACCCCAAUCCCUCUUUGAAGCUUGGACUCUGUAGGGUGUGGGAAGUCACACUGACGUGUCCUGGAAGUCUUUUGAUAUGGUAAUGAUCAAGCAUUCUAGAAACAGGAAACCUUUGAUACAAUACCAUAUCCAAAAGAGACAUUUGCUUAACCCAAUUACCCCACAGGCACUAGAGUUGCAGAUCAUAAAACAUAAACUAUUUAAAUAUACACCCCAAUCAUAUAGGAAGCCAAAAAAUAAACCAGGGAAAUCACACGAAAUGCAUAACCAAUACAACACAGAAUGCAAGGGGAAAACACACAAUACAAUGGAAAAACACACAAUACAAUGGAAAAACACACAAAUAAGCAGUGGGCAUGGUACGUAGUAACGGUGGUUUGUCACAGAACCCCCUACCCCUGCCCCAUCAACAUGAGUCCCACUCAAACUAGAUUGGGGUGAGUUCAGUGAGGGCGCUCAAGUUAUCCCAGGUUCCUGAAUUUUGCUAUGAAGUUAGACAUACCUCCCCGAUCCUUGUCAAAGAUGCAACGAUAAUUGGUUAUUAUGAGCCAUUCUGUAGGAAUCUACGUCCUCGCCCUGGUAUGCAGAUUCUGUACUUGUUGUCAUAACUCCAGAAAGCAUUGUGCGUCUCGUUUCAUUUUACUCCAGAAUUGCCUUGUUGCGGGGUUCGAAGACUUUUGCCUUGUAAAGUGCCCUGCUUAUAAACCAGUAACACCCUGCAGUGUAUGUUAUCCCUCUAAACUAUGGGUGGGCAACAUUUGCCACUCCAGGUGUUGCGGACUACAAACCCCAUAAUACUCUUACACCCAUAAUGCUGGCAAAGCAUUAUGGGAGGUGUAGUCCAAAACAUGUCCAAAACAUAUGGGGUGCUGAGGGUGCCUAUGUGUGCUCUAAACUAUCGGGUGGGGGGCAACAUUAUCUCUCAUAAUGCUCUUGCAUCCCUAAAGCUGGCAAGCGUCUUGGAAGAUGUAGUCCAUAACAUCUGGUGUGCCCAAGGUUGCCCACCACAGAUCUAAACCAUCUAAAAAUCCAAUACAAAGUGAAUAACCCUUUUGCCCAGCUGAUGAUGCAGUGAGUAGCCUGCCCUCACUGUCUGCUGCUAACGAGGCAUGGAACUGCAGCCAUUUGUAAAAAUUGGAUGGAUCUAUAACCUCCUGAUUGGUGGAGCCUCUUCCUGGUGAGGGAAGGAACUGCCUGUAACUGCAAAAUCUCUCCUAAACUGUGCAACGUCCGUGUGUUACACGGUUAGGCUUCUUUUAUUUUAUUCCAUGCGUAAUUGUUUAUUAGUGAAUUGUCUAAAUAAGAAUUUAUGAACAGGAUUAUUUUUAUUUCCCAUAUUAUUAUUAUUAUUAUUAUUAUUAUUAUUAUUUUCUUUUUAUGAUCCAAUCUAAAUGGGAAAACAUACCAUUUAUAUCAUAUAAAGUUUAACAUUUCUUAUAAUAGAUCAAUAUACCUUUCCUGGCAUUAGAUGAAACUAGAGACAGGAAACGUGCACAUUGUAUCACCUUCAGCUGUCUCUGCAAAGCUGCUAUGGGAUUGGCUGAGCCUCGGAGUAAGUGACUCUUCAAUGAGAGAAUCCUAAUGAAAGUACUGUUACCUUGUCUGUCUCUCUCAGAUACUCUCAUCAUGGAAGCCAGUCAGUGCCUUGCCGUCUCCAGCAUCCUUGGCCCCAAGCCGAGCCCUGCAAUCGUCAGCACCUUUACUACUACAGGACCAGAGUUUCCACGAAAACGGAAAAUUAGUGAAUCCGAGAGUCAGUAAGUACUCCGAACCUUUUAAACGUAUUUUACCCUAAAUUGGCUGAAAUAAAAACAAACCAACUGAGUGAAUGGGCGAUGCAAUGAUAGUAUGGGGAUACGGCCAGUCCUGCAAGGAACACAAAUGUUAUACAAUAGUGUCAUGCCCAAAGGCAAUACCAAACAAAUACAUUACAUGUCACGGUCAGAAUAGAAAGCUCUGCAUAAAUCUGGAUUCUCGGGUCUCCGCAAACGGGUCUCCCAGUAUAUAUAUAUAUAAAACUGACAGGGUAACUGUGCAGGAAAGGACAAUGUGUGAAAGCCAGAACAUAUUUAUUUUCUGCAUGCAGUGGGUUUUAAAAAUUAAAUGGAUUAUAAUCCAGACAAAAUGAUCACGAGGCCUACAAUCCCUGUGUGCAUCUUCCAGCUAAAUGAUCGCGAUAUAAAGAAUCCAUACUGCAGGGCUCGUGUUCCCCGCUCUGUGCAUUGCUGAUACAAUGUCUGGCUAUAGGGAGAGUUCAGCGUUACUGUGGCGGACCGCCACAGACUCCCUUCCCCAAUGUGAAGUAGCUCUAUCAAACAGUGAAAGUGAAUAUAGCUUUCCCCCCAUACAUUAGUCGAGACUGAAUGCUGGGAGUAGAUCUGUUUAUUUCAGGCAAGCACUCUCAAUUUAUACACAGACCCCCAGCAGGGGGUCUCCACAGUAAACUCCUUCCUGUGCCUGAGAGAGAAUUGAGUCAGGAAACUUACAACUCAAUUAUCUACCAGGUACAAAAAAUAUAUAACAAGUUUAAAACACCCCAAAAUACAUGGAAACCCCUCAAGAGAUCGCCCUGAUCUGAGUGCUUAACAUAUACAAAAGAUCAGAUCGGUUUGGUGGUUUGGAAUUUUCAUCGAGGUACAGUUUUGACCAGCCACGAGGUAGAAGCCCAGAAUAGUUCCAAAGAAAUUGAGGGGUCGGUCUCAGUUUGAAGGUUUCUAUACGAAAACCAAACAAGAUAUCCGAAUGCUCCAUCCAGUCAGUAGUUCAUAUCUUUUGAACGCGUACAGGUGGUUGGGUACUUGAACUGGCAGCAGUUACAUCUUCACUGGUGUUCGCGGGAGUGCCUAACUGAAAUUAGUUCCAGGCCCUUGAUGACCAGGUACCGCUACCUGUGUUUGGGAGAUAAAAUGACCGUCAUCCAUUCUGUCGACCACGUUCGUUCGGUUACAUGAAAUGGCGGCCACCCAGGGGAGCAUUUUAUUAAUAGUUUCCACUGAGGUUUCACACUGGAUACUUUGUAUUCCACGUUCUAAUGAGAUGUUGGUGUGGUCCUCGUUCGGGAAAUGAACAAGGUGAGUUUGAACGAGCAAACGAACAGGAAAAAAAUUAAUAUUACCGGACCAAGUGAUGGGGCAUUCCUUCACAGUUACUUUCAGGUUACUUUUAUUUUUUGUACUUUUGAUGGAAUCUCAUAACUUGGCUAACAUGCUUUUAUUUCUUUACUUCCUCCCAAACAGAACCAGAGAAAGCGCAGAUGGUAACGACAUCCAGGGCAGGUAAGUUGAUGGUCCAUCAUUAUGGUAUCUGGUCAGGGGGCUUGUCCUGAAAUCAGUGGGGUCCAGACCCAAUGACUAAUGGGAACUCUCCUCCUGGCGCAACGCAGUAACUCCAGGUUUUAACAUGGAGAAAACAAUUGACGAAUUGGAUUCUUUGAUAUUUUAAAUGCUUUUUUUCCGGCUCUAUUUGCUGGUAAUAUUCCUACGCAUGCCCCUCCUUUCUGCUGACUUUUCCUCUUCCUGUAUUCAUAAUGAAAUGGGUACCUGGAGGUGUGGAAUUUCACGCUAACUAUGUUACACUGCGAGAUGAUCUCCACCAAUCAGACGUGGACUCUGAAACGUCCUCUGAUGAUGAAAGGGGUUAUUUGGAGGAAUGUGGCAUGUUUUCAGGGAUUGUGGAGAAUUGGUAAGGAUCGGCUGAUCUUGGUAUGGGGAAUUAGUUUGAGAAAUUUUUCAGUUUGGAGAUUUUGGAUUUUCACUGUGAUUACUUUUAAUCUAACGAAAAAUGACACAAUCCAGUUGACAAAUCACGUGUUUUAUUAGCCCAUGCUGCUGCAGGAGACCUCCUUAUAGCGCCACCUGCUCUCAUCCCAGUUAUCAGUCCUGCGCAUAUCAUGCAAGAUUAAUCUGCUUUCCGCACACAAAGACAAUUAGUUAUUAAAAAAAAAAGUCAUGUGGGGAUAUAAGAGCUUAUGGUAUGUGUCUCUGUACUAUUGAAUGACCCCACAGGAUGCCAUCCAGAUAUUGCUCUUUUAAUUGCGUGUUCCUUUUCUGAGCUUUUAUCAUGAGAUCCAAUUUUCUCUCUUAUUGGUGUCUUGUAGAGAGGCUCACAGCCAGACGGAGAAACGAAGGCGAGAUAAAAUGAACACGUUAAUCGAGGAACUGUCUGCUAUGAUCCCACAAUGCGACCCCCUGCCACGUAAGCUCGACAAGCUGACCGUGUUACGUAUGGCCGUACAGCACUUAAAGGCGUUGAAGGGUAGGUGUGCCCACUCACUAUUUAUAGGCUUCAUGUGAACCAGUCCCUGUCAUAGUCUGUCUGAUGGCAGCUAAUGAUGAAGAUAUGUUAACUUCCUGCAUUGUCUGGGACUGUGACAACCUGCAAAAAAACUAAAUGAUGAAAAAAAACACAGACAGGAACAUUAUAGUCACCAAAACAUCUUUAGCUUAAUGAAGUAGUUUUGGUGUAUUGGUCAUGCACCUACAGUCUCGCCAUUCAAUUCUCUGCCAUUUAGGAGUUAAAUCACUUUGUUUCUCUUCAUACAACUCUAGUCACACCUCCCUGUAAGUAAUGUGCACAGCCUUCCUUAAUACGUACUGUAAAGAGUCAUCUAAUGUUUAUACUAACUUUAUUGCACAUUCUGUUUAAUUUAGAAUUUCUUAUCUCCUGCUCUAUUAAUAACUAUCUAAUAAACUCUGCAGGGCCUUUAUCCCUUUACAAAGCUAGGCGGUAAUUCUGAUCUUUGUCUUUACAGGCUCCGGAAUAUCCUUUUCUGAAGAGAGUUACAAACCUUCAUUUUUACAGCAUGACGAGCUGCGCCGAUUGAUCCUCCGGGUGAGGAAAUAUCUCAAAUUAUACCUGCCUGGUGUUGAAAAAGUUCUGUGUCCAGAAAGGACCGAUUCUGUUAUAUAAACUGUAACGCUAGACAUUAAAAAGGACGUGGAAAAUGUAUUCUCUUCAGACAGGAAGUAAGGGUUCCAUUCUCUGUCAGGAAGUAAGGGUUCCAUUCUCUGUCAGGAAGUAAGGAUUCCACUCUCUGUCAGGAAGUAAGGAUUCCACUCUCUGUCAGGAAGUAAGGAUUCCACUCUCUGUCUGGAAGUAAGGAUUCCACUCUCUGACAGGAAGUAAGGAUUCCAUUCUCUGAUAGGAAGUAAGGAUUCUAUUCUGUCAGGAAGUAAGGAUUCCACUCUCUUACAGGGAGUAAGAAUUCCAUUCUCUGACAGGAAUUAGAGUUUUUUUAUAUUCUCACACAGGAAGAAUGGAUUCUGUUCUUCAAGCAGGGAAACUGGGCUUCAUGUACAGGAAGCAGGGAUUCCCGUCUCCUCGUACAGGAAGCAGGGAUUCCCGUCUCCUCGUACAGGAAGCAGGGAUUCCCGUCUCCUCGUACAGGAACAAAGGAUUCCCGUCUCCUCGUACAGGAACAAAGGAUUCCAGGAAUUUAAGACUGCAUUGAUUAGCAGCAAGUUACACGCAUUUUACAAUUUCAUAUUGUGCCAGAAAUAUAAUUUAUAUCCGAAUUAAACAGGCCUGGGGUGACUUUUAAAUAAAGCAUGGCGUGUACACUAACAUAACUUUGUGUCCAUAGGCCCAAUUAAAGAUGGUCCCAUAUAAUUAUUAUUUAUUUUAGUUUCCUUUACUGAUCAGCAUUGCGGUCUGCAUGGUGCUUGACGUUUUCCUCUUCUGAUGGUUUUAUAGGCGGCUGAUGGCUUCCUCUUUGUGGUUGGAUGUGACCGAGGAAAAAUCAUGUUUGUGUCGGAAUCGGUGUCUAAGACCCUGAAAUACAGCCAGGUGAGUGUCACAAACACCAGGACCGGGGGAUUCCUGCUGAUCAGGGACUGGCAUCGUUUUAAGGGGAACAAAAUAAAGUAGCAGGAGUUGUUUAAAGAAAUAAAAAAUACAUUUAAUUUAAGUCAGACAGAGAACAAAGAAUGAGCAGCACAAAGUCCAACGAAUCUUUAAUCACUUUAGUCCUUUUCUUUUUUUCUUAAAAUAAUUAAUAUCAGGUUUUUUACAUCCCACUUUUUUUGGUUUGGUUUUUGGAAAUCAGGGAAUUAGUUUGGAUUCUACUGAUUGCUUCCCCAGAAUUCUCUUUAUUCGUCCAGUUCGUUGAAUCUGCUGUCAGAUAACGUUUAUUUUCUGUUUGUCGCUAGUCUGGUUAACUUGUUAAGUUUGUAUUCAUGUUUUCUCUAGAUUCUUUGUUAUAUAACACAAGUAAUCCCCAAUUGUUAGGAAGUGUCAUUACGUCCUACAAAGCAUGGGCGAUGAGGACGUUGGGAUGUAUUGACAUGUCCUAACGUUCUGGUUAAAUCCCUGUUCUCACCAGGGAGACUCCAUUCUCUGUCAGGAAGUAAGGAUUCCAUUCUCUGUCAGGAAGUAAGGAUUCCAUUCUCUGUCAGGAAGUAAAGAUUCCAUUUUCUGUCAGGAAGUAAGGGUUCCACUCUCUGUCAGGAAGUAAGGGUUCCACUCUCUGUCAGGAAGUAAGGGUUCCACUCUCUGUCAGGAAGUAAGGGUUCCACUCUCUGUCAGGAAGUAAGGGUUCCAUUCUCUGUCAGGAAGUACGGGUUCCACUCUCUGUCAGGAAGUAAGGGUUCCACUCUCUGUCAGGAAGUAAGGGUUCCACUCUCUGUCAGGAAGUAAGGGUUCCAUUCUCUGUCAGGAAGUAAGGGUUCCAUUCUCUGUCAGGAAGUAAGGGUUCCACUCUCUGUCAGGAAGUAAGGGUUCCACUCUCUGUCAGGAAGUAAGGGUUCCACUCUCUGUCAGGAAGUAAGGGUUCCACUCUCUGUCAGGAAGUAAGGGUUCCACUCUCUGUCAGGAAGUAAAGGUUCCACUCUCUGUCCGGAAGUAAGGGUUCCACUCUCUGUCCGGAAGUAAGGGUUCCACUCUCUGUCAGGAAGUAAGGGUUCCACUCUCUGUCAGGAAGUAAGGGUUCCACUCUCUGUCAGGAAGUAAGGGUUCCACUCUCUGUCAGGAAGUAAGGGUUCCAUUCUGUGUCAGGAAGUAAGGGUUCCAUUCUCUGUCAGGAAGUAAGGGUUCCAUUCUCUGUCAGGAAGUAAGGGUUCCAUUCUCUGUCAGGAAGUAAGGGUUCCACUCUCUGUCAGGAAGUAAGGGUUCCACUCUCUGUCAGGAAGUAAGGGUUCCAUUCUCUGUCAGGAAGUAAGGGUUCCAUUCUCUGUCAGGAAGUAAGGGUUCCACUCUCUGUCGGGAAGUAAGGGUUCCACUCUCUGUCGGGAAGUAAGGGUUCCAUUCUCUGUCGGGAAGUAAGGGUUCCACUCUGUCGGGAAGUAAGGGUUCCAUUCUCUGUCUCUAGAUUCUUUUUUAUAUAACACAAGUAAUCCCCAAUUGUUAGGAAGUGUCAUUAUGUCCUACAAAGCAUGGGCGAUGAGGACGUUGGGAUGUAUUGACAUGUCCUAACGUUCUGGUUAAAUCCCUGUUCACACCAGGGAGACUCCUUUCUUAGCGGCCUCAUGCUGCCUGCUGAGCUCUGAAUAUACCCGUUAAAUCCACUGACGUCAUCAUAGCUUAACGAUUACACUCAGCCGCAGCGAUUGUACGGCUGCAUGCUGCUCAGAGGAGACCCCCUGAAUCUGAAUAAGCUCUGACAGGGUCUCCCUGCAUGCCCUUAUGUUGGUUGGGAUUGGGAUUGGUGCUUGGCUUUGCCAGCUGCCCAGCGAUGAUCACAGUGUAAUUGGCAAACUAGAAUUUCAGAAUUAAAGGGAUCUCCCUGUAAUGCUGAAAACAGACAGUAGAUGGCGACCACGGACCCCUCUCUGCAGUUUUAACUGGGAAAUCCAUCUACUGGGUUAGUUGUGGGGUAAGGUAAGGGUUAUUGCUGUUAUAGGGUUAGGAAUCGUGAAGUAUUAAGGUAAGGGAGGUAUUUGGUUAACGUUAGUAUAGUGGGGUGGUGGGUGGGUUGGUAUACGGUUAGCGUUAACUAUCAAAGAUCCUAGACACAUGGGGCGUUUAUCAUGACUGAUGCAUCAAUCCAUUCUGAGUUCUUUUUAUGUAGUUGCACUGGAUGAGAUAAUUUUAAGCAAAAACAUUUAUUUUAUUCACACUGCAGGAUAUUACAGGAAAGCCCUUUCUAUCCUUUAAAUAACAAUAUAUAUAUAUGUGUAUAACAUUUUAUAUAAUUUCAAGUGAAAUUAACACAUUGCUCCAAUUCUAGGUUUUGAUUUGAUUCCUUAACGGGUUAAUUUAAUAUGAAAGUCUCUCUCCAUAAACUGAGCCCGAAGGGAAACUGCUGGGCUUUCAUUAGAUUCUGCUCUGUCCUCAUAUUUUCCAGAAGGACAGAGAUUUCCUGUUCUGGGCUGAAACAAACAUAGAUUUUUGGAAGUGGUUGAUCUGUUCUAAAUACAACUCCCUAAUGCCAUAUACCCGUCUCUUCCUGUCAGGCGGAUUUCAUUGGCCAAAGCUUGUUUGAUUACCUGCACCCCAAAGAUGUCGCCAAAGUAAAAGAGCAACUUUCAUCGUCCGAUGUGACCCCGCGGGAGAAACUGAUUGAUGCCAAAAGUAAGAAACUGCACGUUAAACAAAUAGCCAUCCCUGCAACUUUACUCAUUGCUGAUUUGUAUUUCUUAUGUUUUAUUUAUUUUUAAUGGUUUUAUUUUUUUACAUGGCCAGCUGUAUAUUUAUUGGCGUUAUUUAUUAAUUUAUUUAUUAAUAUAUAUUUAUAUACACUGAUCUGAUCAUCCACAACAUUAAAACCACUGACAGGUGAAGGGAAUAAUGUUGAUUGUAUUGUUAGAAUAGCACCUGUCAAGGGGUGGCACAUAUUAGGCAGCACAAAUUUCAUGUUAUGAAUACAGGAGAAACGGGCAAGCGAAAAGAUCUGAGCGACUUUGACAAGGGCCAAAUAGUGAUAGCUAGACGAUGACUGAGUCAGAGUAUCUCCAAAACGGCAGGUCUUGUGAGGAGUUCCUGGUAUGCAGGGGUUAGAACCUAACAAAAGUGGUGCAAGGAAGAACAAUAGUCGCCAAUCGAUGCUUCCUAGUGCUCACCAAGUACUCCAAGCACUCCACCAGACACCAUAACCACCGUAAACCCCGUAGCCAGCAUUACAGCUGUCCUCCACCCACCCUGGACCCAAGUUCAGGACCCAGCUUCCAGUGGGCAGACCUCUCCCAGUCCAGAGAGUAAAGCAGGAUAGCUCUUACACGAGCUAGUGAUUAUAAUCCAAAGGAGUAUAAUGAGUAUAGCAAUCCCCAGAGUGAAUAUAACUGUUCCCUCCACACAUGAGACGAGGCUCUAUGUUGAGGGUGUAGAGGAACUGAUUUAUUGGCAGCCACAACUGGCCUUAUAUGCAAGUCCCCAUGCAAGGGGUUUCCGGAUACAUAGAAACAUAGAAUGUGACGGCAGAUAAGAACCAUUCGGCCCAUCUAGUCUGCCCAAUUUUCUAAAUACUUUCAUUAGUCCCUGGCCUUAUCUUAUAGUUAGCAUAGCCUUAUGCCUAUCCCACGCAUGCUUAAACUCCUUUACUGUGUUAACCUCUACCACUUCAGCUGGAAGGCUAUUCCAUGCAUCCACUACCCUCUCAGUAAAGUAAUACUUCCUGAUAUUAUUCUUAAACCUUUGCCCUUCUAAAUUAAGACUAUGUCCUCUUGCUGUGGUAGUUUUUCUUCUUUUAAAUAUAGUCUCCUCCUUUACUGUGUUGAUUCCCUUUAUAUAUUUAAAUGUUUCUAUCAUAUCCCCCCUGUCUCGUCUUUCCUCCAAGCUAUACAUGUUAAGAUCCUUUAACCUUUCCUGGUAAGUUUUAUCCCGCAAUCCAUGAACCAGUUUAGUAGCCCUUCUCUGAACUCUCUAAGGUAUCAAUAUCCUUCUGAAGAUACGGUCUCCAGUACUGUGUACAAUACUCCAAGUGAGGUCUCACCAGUGUUCUGUACAAUGGCAUGAGCACUUCCCUCUUUCUACUGCUAAUACCUCUCCCUAUACAACCAAGCAUUCUGCUAGCAUUUCCUGCUGCUCUAUUACAUUGUCUGCCUACCUUUAAGUCAUCAGAAAUAAUCACCCCUAAAUCCCUUUCCUCAGAUGUUGAGGUUAGGACUCUAUCAAAUAUUCUGUACUCUGCCCUUGGGGUUUUACAUCCAGGAUGCAUUAUCUUGCACUUAUCCACAUUACAUGUCAGUUGUUACAACAACAAAUUUUUCGAGUUUACCUAAAUCAUUUUCAUAUUCCAGGGGCAUUCCCCACUGGACCUGAGAGGGGACUGUGACAAAGUACACACUGUAAUUACAUUGGCUCUUAGGUCCAGGACACUCACACACAAACAAGGUAAUCCCUCUCCUGUGCCUGAGAGAUAAUUGAGUCAGAAACUGUACUAAACUCCAUUAUCUCCAGGCACAGAAAACUUACAUUUUAACAACAUCCCGAAAGUACCCCCAAAACACACGGAAACCCCACAAAAGUCGUAUCCCCUGAUAGCCCCGAUCUGGGGGACCAACAUAUCCAAAAAUCACCCAGAUCAGUUAAGGGGUUCGGGAUUUCCAUGGAAGUCAUAAUUUUGACCGACCGUGCACAUGGUCCUUUGCCCAAAACAGUUCCAGGGAGUCAGGGCUAACCGUCGGUCUCUCUUUCUGGAGUACAAAAGUGCAUAAAUUGUAUGAAUGGAGCCUUUUAAAGUGCAUUGGGCAAGGUAUAUUGCAGGGCCCAUAGUCCUGAGGCAGGAGGCUGGCAAGCAGGCCCCUCCAAGAACCCGUGAUGACGUUUAGUUAGUCACAGUUGCCUAAUGCUCUUGUCUUGGUGUCAGAUACCACAUUCAGAGGUCAAGUGGAGUCCAUGUCUUGACCUAUCAGAGCUGUUUUGCUAGCCCAAGGAUGCAGGUUUUAAUCUUGUUGCUGAUCAGUUUGUGUAUAUAAUUCUUAGGGGAUGCUGUCUGAUCGUAAAAAGUGUUAACCCUUCCACUACCAGACUGCUUUAAUCUUAAGUCCCUGUGGCAGAGAAAGGGUUACAGACCUUGACAAGCAACCCCCUUACUGUAUGAAACGUGUGUGUUUCCUCAUUGAUCCAGAUUCGAUCUUUAGAACUGACACAGUCUUAUUACAAUGUUUUGAAAGCUGGUUUGCAAGUACACACGCAUUUUCAGGCCGGGCCCUCCCGUCUCCACUGGGGUUCUCGGCGGUCCUUCUUCUGCCGUAUGAAGUGUGGUAGAGUCUCCGGCAAAGAAGAGGAGAACUUUUUAUCCAAUCCAAAGAAAAAAGGUAACUACUUCUGUUGAGUUUUUAACAGCCUGGUUUUAUCUCCCACUCAUAGGGCGAUUGUGAUUCUUUUUUUCUCACCACCUCCCACCCACCCAGGUUCCCCCUAAAUAUAUUGCAUUCUGUUUGAGAUUCUCACUCAAUUACCUCUUCAUUCUCUUUACAUCUCACCAAUAGCUGCUUCUCUCUGUUUAGCCAUCUUUUAACCAUCACCUUUAAAUGUCCCCUGCUACCUUUGUCUCAAAUCUCCAUGGUAUCCUUUAGAUUGUAAGCUCAAAGGCCAUCUAGCUAAGCACUUUGUAUAAAAGAGCUUCAAUGGCUAGUUACCCGCUUACAGUGAGAAAAAAAGCGUGACGCGUUACUGUUAUAUUUUCUCUCCGUUGACGUUGCUUUGUGUCUCUUUCCUCUGUCAGAUCACAGAAGAUAUUGUACCAUUCACUGCACAGGUUAUUUAAGAAACUGUCUCCUGAGUGAAGUGGGACUUAAAGAAGACUGUGACCGAGACAGAGAAUCUCCCAAUCUCAGCUGCCUCGUCGCAAUUGGGAGAGCCCAGCCGUACGUGUCUCUGCCGCGAGCAGCCGAAAUCCGAGUGAAACCCGCCGAGUUUGUUACUCGUUAUACCGUGGAGGGUAAAUUUGUUUAUGUGGAUCAACGGUGAGAAAUAGGAUUGUUCAUAACAUAAACAAAUUUCAAGUGACCAUGCAACGGGCAUUCACUGAAUGAGAAACGUACGGUUUAGAUUUUAAUCUUAAAAUGAAAUAAUUGCAUUUUUUUGAGUACUUUUUAUACAACAGCAUCUAGAGUUGGUUUCUGGGGCUGCAAUCUCUUUUUCCCACUUUCCCACAAUGACCUUGUAAUCUUAUUUUUUUCCCUCCAUGUUUGGAUGAAACUUAAUAUUAUUUAUGUUCAAUAUCCUUUGAAACCUGACCCCAGCUGGAAAAUUGUUUUAUAUUAUUAAAAAGAAUAAAUAAAAAACAGGUUAUUUACCCACUGCAGGUUUCAAUUAUAUGAUCAAUAUCUGAGUGAAAUCACAUUAUAAACUAUUGCAACCAAAAUCUACCGAACGCAAUGAGUUAAACACAAGUCAUACAUUGUACUUUCUGGAUAUGUCCGCUAUUCUUUUAGAAAUUGGCAAAGGAAUGUAUUCCAUCUGCUUAGAGAAUUAUUGGUUUAAAACGCCCAGAAAUAAAUACUUUAACAAACUCUGCAAAGAGGACGUGAAGAAGUAUCGGUGCCCAUUAGCACACUGAGCCCUUGAUGCCAUUCCUAACAGGUUUACACAUUCUCCAGGCAAUGCUGUAGGAUUAACUAGAAUAUUUUAUAGUGCUUGUAGUACUGUACACACCGUGUAUAUUUCACACGAGAAUAUUCGAAUUGUUGUCUAGUGCUGAUACUUUGUUAGAAUUCUGAUGUUGCAGCUUCACAUAUCCCGAUUUUGUCUUUCUUCCAGAGCGACAGCAAUUCUUGGGUACCUUCCUCAGGAGCUUCUUGGGACGUCCUGCUACGAGUACUUUCACCAGGAUGAUCACGGACACCUAACGGACCAGCAUAAAAGAGGUAGGUAUCGUCUUAUCGAGUUAUGGGGUUAGCUCUUUGGGCCGAUGUGGGACGUUUCGUGGACCAGUAGUAGCCAUGUGUAUAUAUUUCUACAUCAUAGCUUGGAUGAAAUAUAAUGUAACUUUAGUAGAUUUGUUACUUUGCUUUGUUAUCUGCAUAUGUGACAUGUAAGUGUUAAUAUUGAUGUUCUAAAGAAAUAUAGAAAAGGUCGGAGUUGGAUUUUAAUCUCUCACCGUGUCUGUUCCUUAACUCAGUGCUUCAAAGCAAGGAAAAGAUUAUGACAAAUUCCUACAAGUUUAAGGCGAAAGACGGAUCCUUUAUCACGCUCAGGAGCCAGUGGUUCAGUUUCAUUAAUCCAUGGACGAAAGAACUCGAAUACAUCGUAUCCGUGAACACAGUAGUUUCGUAAGUGACGUAUUGUUACCUGUCUGCGAUUUUACUAAAUGUUUCUCAAACGUGAAGUAAUUUAAUAGGUUAAUAAGACUCAGUUGCUGUUAAUUAGAUGUUGUCAGUCAUAAAAUACAUCCUUAUUAUACACCAUGGAUUGUUUAAUUACCUGGCUGACAAAUAUACCAAAUGUUAAAUAAAAAAACUUUAAAAGUGUUGGGAUCAUUAAAAGUAGAACAAAUUCCUUUAUAUAUAUAUAUAUUAUUUUUAUUUUUUUGCUACUUAUUGCUGUGAUUUUUGUAUAAAUGAUUUAAUAUUCUUGUAUAUAAUGGUAAUAUGUUAAUAUUUUGUUAUUUUCUUAUUAACUUUUUUUUGAUAUGUGCAAUUUUUUAAAUUUUUUUAACUUUUUAUCCAAAAAUCUUAUAUUGGGUCAAGUAUUGGAACGUUGUUUUGUUUUAAAAUUUUGAUAGUCUCUUUUUAUUCCACCCCUUUCCAGGGGCCAUUGUUCACAUCUAGAAACCGCAUCUCUUCCAGACAGCACUCACUCCUCAGAAGGUAUGAUGGUACAAUUAAAGCAUAAUAUCUGAGUUUCAUCUAUUAUUAUUGGGAGUUCUUGGUUUUAAAGCAUAAUGUGUGUACUUCUCUGCUCGUUCCUGUUCUGAGUUUUCGGUGGUGUUGCACCUGUUAUCCCUGACUUAUGUCGCUUGCAGGAAGUCCAUCCUAUAAUGUGUGUUGGGGGACAGUGUUUGUAAAUAAGAUCGUUAACCAGCAGUAAGCUGAGAUCUGAGCUUUUUUUUUUGUCUUCAGAUACUACCAAGCGUACCUUUAUGAAUGUGCCAGGGGUGGCGACUGGAACCAUGCCUGGGGCUGCCAGUAUUGGACGAAAGAUCGCUGAGCAAAUACUAGACAGACAGAGGUAAUAAGUUUAGGAUCCUCUAUAGAGUGGACGUGCAGAUUGACUAGUUACUGGUAUUUGACGCUGUCUGUGCUGGGUAAUAGUAAUGCCGCCAGCGCCAGGUGACCAUAACAAUGUCAGUGCUGGGUAAUAGUAACGCAGGCAGUAUUGAGUAAAAAUUUUUUUAUGGCACUGGGUAACAGUGAUACUAUCAGUACUGGGUAACAAUGAUACUAUCAGUGCUGGGUAACAGUGAUACUAUGAGUAUUGGGUAACAGUGAUACUAUGAGUAUUGGGUAACAGUGAUACUAUGAGUAUUGGGUAACAGUGACUCAGUCAGUGCUGGGUAACAGUGACUCAGUCAGUGCUGGGUAACAGUGACUCAGUCAGUGCUGGGUAACAGUGACUCAGUCAGUGCUGGGUAACAGUGACGCAGUCAGUGCUGGGUAACAGUGACGCAGUCAGUGCUGGGUAACAGUGACGCAGUCAGUGCUGGGUAACAGUGGCUCAGUCGGUGCUGGGUAACAGUGACGCAGUCGGUGCUGGGUAACAGUGACGCAGUCGGUGCUGGGUAACAGUGACGCAGUCGGUGCUGGGUAACAGUGACGCAGUCGGUGCUGGGUAACAGUGACGCAGUCGGUGCUGGGUAACAGUGACGCAGUCGGUGCUGGGUAACAGUGACGCAGUCGGUGCUGGGUAACAGUGACGCAGUCGGUGCUGGGUAACAGUGACGCAGUCGGUGCUGGGUAACAGUGACGCAGUCAGUACUGGGUAACAAUGAUACUAUCAGUGCUGGGUAACAGUGAUACUAUGAGUAUUGGGUAACAGUGAUACUAUGAGUAUUGGGUAACAGUGAUACUAUGAGUAUUGGGUAACAGUGACUCAGUCAGUGCUGGGUAACAGUGACUCAGUCAGUGCUGGGUAACAGUGACUCAGUCAGUGCUGGGUAACAGUGACGCAGUCGGUGCUGGGUAACAGUGACGCAGUCAGUGCUGGGUAACAGUGACGCAGUCAGUGCUGGGUAACAGUGACGCAGUCGGUGCUGGGUAACAGUGACGCAGUCGGUGCUGGGUAACAGUGACGCAGUCGGUGCUGGGUAACAGUGACGCAGUCGGUGCUGGGUAACAGUGACGCAGUCGGUGCUGGGUAACAGUGACGCAGUCGGUGCUGGGUAACAGUGACGCAGGGUAACAGUGUGGUGCUGGGUAACAGUGAACAGUGAGUCAGUCGUGCUGGGUAACAGUGACGCAGUCGUGCUGCAGUGACGCAGUCGUGCUGGGUAACAGUGACGCAGUCAGUGCUGGGUAACAGUGGCUCAGUCGGUGCUGGGUAACAGUGACUCAGUCGGUGCUGGGUAACAGUGACGCAGUCGGUGCUGGGUGACGCAGUCGGUGCUGGGUAACAGUGAGUCGGUGCUGGGUAACAGUCGCAGUCGGUGCUGGGUAACAGUGACGCAGUCGGUGCUGGGUAACAGUGGCGCAGUCGGUGCUGGGUAACAGUGACGCAGUCGGUGCUGGGUAACAGUGACGCAGUCGGUGCUGGGUAACAGUGACGCAGUCAGUGCUGGGUAACAGUGAUACUAUCAGUAUUGGGUAACAGUGGCACAGUUGUCAUUCGGUAACAAUUCUGUCGGUGCUGGGUAACAGUGAUAAGAUCAGUAUUGGUUAAUUAUAUAAUCUAUAAAGUAAUAAACUAUACAUGUACUUUUCAUGAAGUGAUGCCAACCUUUGCUGUUUUACAGAGAGCAUUCUCCUCCUUUCAGCGGUAACAUUAGCCCCAGUGAGUUGCUACAGAAAUCCUCUACUGCUUUGGAUGUACCACUGAAUGAGGUGAGCCAUGUUUCCCAUAAUACAGUGUGUCUAUUACCCAGAAUUCCCAUCCUCUACAGUAAAAUGAGGUGACUCUAUGUGUGUGUAUAUAGAGCCGUUUGAGGACAAACUGAAGUUCAGGUGGGGACAGCAUGGUGGUGAAUUGCUUUGUUGAAGUUUUGAAAUGAUAUUUUUUUUGAUGUCCAGGUUCACAAUGAAGAGCUGGUUCGAUUGUCUCCUUCAGAGAUUGAAAAGUUGGACACAUCUUCUCACCAUGAUAUCAUUCCAUCGUUCCCCAUCUCAGAUCUCCUGAGUAAGACUCUCACUUUCAUCUCUUUUAAUCUCUGUUUGUGCAAUAGAAUCCUCCAUUGACAGAUGACGUUAUUAUAAAUGAUCUUUGCUACUACCAUGAAGCUGUCACACUGACGCACACAUGCCCCAUGCAUUGCACGCGAUCCCUCUCACAAUGCACUACACGCACUAGAGAUAUCACAGUCAGUGCUGCAGCUGAUCUCAAGUAGUUUUAAGGCUGUAAAAAUAAAAUAUAGAUAAUUCACCAUAUAGACAUUACUAGACAGACAAAUGAGGCAGAAAAGAGCAGUUUAAAUAAAAACAGAACAAUAAUGCGUUCAAAGAGAAAUGCAGCAUAAACAAAGCAACGAUCUCUUUAAUGUAGGAGACAUUUCAUUUAUAUAAAAUUUAAAAAGCCACCAUUUGAAAAUGAAAUAAAUAAGAGCAAAUAUUAAUUGCACUGUGUGUGACACUAGAGGAGUGAAUUUAAUAAUAUUAGAGUUCCUUUAGAUAGUACUCUGGGAUUAAAGGACUGUAGUAUGAGAAGAAUCCACUAGGGGUCACCAUUUGCUCUAUAGUGGCUAACGCUGAACCUUUAUUGAAUUUCACAGUAGCUGAUAAAUGUUAAAGGACAACAGUCGCCUCAAAGCUGUUAUUUAAUAUAAUAAUCCUUUCACCGUUGUCCUCGAAGCAUGACUUCGUUCUUGUUACAGCUGUUUAAAUGACCGUUAUUAACACCGGUUUCUCCUGAUUAAAUUACAAUAGUAAACGUAAAGGCGAGGAUGGACACAUAAAGCAGGGAGUCGAUGAUUGGGGUUUAGCGUUGGGGAGGGCCCUAUAAAUCGUUCAGACUUUGGAUUUUAUUCAGUAACUGACAUUCUUCCAGUGGAUGGAGGUGGAGAGCAGGGAGACGAUGGUCAUUGAGUGAGAUUAAAUCGUUUUGCUGGGUGUAUAUGAUGACCUUGAGAGAGAAUGGCAGAGCGCAGUGUUACAGGGUCCUAGGCCACUAGUCAGGCUUUAAUAAUACCUUGCCAUUGGAAGCCUGCAGGGGCCAUGACACACUAAGCACAGGUGAAUUUCUACUUACCUGUGCUAACUUUCCACUGACCAGCGAAUACGACAAUGACUAGUAACCAGUGUAAAUUUAGAACCUGGUUAAAGUAUAGUUCAAUAAAUAGCUUUUACUCUGUUAGAUGGUCACAGUGGCAUUGCGUGUUUAAAUACCUCUGCCACCUGGUGCCAUGGUACGGCAUGAAGAAAGUCAUGUGUCUGAAACAAAUUUUUUUGCUAAACAUUGUAAAACAGGGAGGGCUUAGAUCUCUGGCAUUGCCGGGAUAUAGAAAUCUCUCGCACAUUUAUGUUUAUUUCUGGUGAAUUGAUCCUUGUCUUCAUUCUGAUUGUGUCAUUAGGUGAAGGCUCCGCACUGGACUUUGACCAUGACACGGCCAUGGCUGAGUUUGUGAACCUUUUUGAAGAGGAUGGAGGUCUGGGAGACACCGAGGACCUCAGUGACCUACAAUGGGCUCUAUAGCAAAAAGGACAAUAGGCUUUUUAAAUACAAAAGGAAAAGUACUGUAUUUUGUAAAGCGUUGCUAUUUGAAAUUUUGUAUUUUUUUCUAUCUGAUAGUUGUGAUUUGUUAAAUACAAUGUCAGCUGUACAUUUUGGGGAAAGGAACGCCCAGCCCCCCCCUUACUACAUACAUAUAUAUAUAUAUUUAUAUUUAUUAUAGUCUAACGUUUCAUAUCUGCUCAUUUUCGCAGGUUCAGGUGACCUGUUACCUUACUAAGUACAUUAGGUUCAGAUUUUUCUGGAUUGUGAUGUUUUGAUCUGGAGUUUGUGUUUUUAUGAGUUUUAUUUACUAAAACAUGCCAAACCAGAGAGAAGAUGUGUUCAUUUCAAUAUUCACUUUGCUUUACCUGGUUAAUGAGGAACACGUUGGCAGGCGCCCCAUGCUUGAGGAGCCCAGCCUGAAAGUGCCAAUCUGCCCAUGAUCAGUUGCCCAUAUUUGAAUAUUUGCAGGAAAAACUCAUGAAAGUUGACUGUCUCCCCUUAACUUUGAGGUACAUAUAUAACUUAAUGUUUUCUGCGUUAAAUACAUGAAACUAUGCUAUUUAUUAUUAAAUCACUUCACCAGUUAUUUGGCAUUGUCAGACACUGCCCGGGCAUCGAAUAUGUGGUCGCUGUGGGCCUUGCUUUCAGGCACCAGAUUAUAAAAAAAUUAUAGUUUGGUGAUGCCGAUCAGAUCAAUAAACUAGAUCAAACAUUCUCAAUAGAUUAUUCGCUCAUUAUUACUCACUACAUACAGAAUUUCCCACAAUCCUUUAUGCUGUUACUCCGUCAGAACUGGUGCAGGACUCUAAACUCAGGAAGCCAUACAAAUGGUAAACUUUAUUGGUUCUCUGAGGCAUCACAGACAAUGUGAGAAAUGUGGCCAAUCCUCGCUGCUUGUUACGGUUUCUUCCACUUCUUUAGACCCGGUAGCUGUGCUCCGCUCAGUGCUUCCUUAGAUCUGAUUCUACAUAGAUUUACGUCCCUUUGUUCUUGUCCUCCGUACUCUGCAGAUCAGCUGUCAGCAGUCAUGUUUUAUUUUUCUGCAUCUCUUGAUCAUUUUGUCUUGCUUUGCUGCCAAAUCUGUUCCAAUUUUCCUAAAAUGUUAAAGGGACACUAUAGUCACCUGAACAACUUUAGUUUAAUUAAGCAGUUUUGGUGUAUAGAACAUGCCCCUGCAGCCUCACUGCUCAAUCCUCUGCCAUUUAGGAGUUAAAUUCCUUUGUUUAUGAACCCUAGCCACACCUCCCUGCAUGUGACUUACACAGCCUUCUUCAACACUUCCUGUAAAGCGUCAUCUAAUGUUUAUCCUUCCUUUAUUGCAAGUUCUGUUUAAUUUAGAUUUUCUUAUCCCCUGCUAUGUUAAUAGCUUGCUAGACCCUGCAAGAGUCUACUGUAUGUGAUUUAAAGUUAAAUUUACAGAACAAGAGAUAAAUUAUUUAAGAUAAAUUACAUCUGAUUGAAAGUGAAACCAGUUUUUUUCAUGCAGGCUCUGUCAAUCAGAGCCAGGGAAGGUGUGGCAAGGGCUGCAUAAACAGAAACAAGUUAAGUGAUUUAACUCCUAAAUGGCAGUGCAUUGAGCAGUAAAACCUGAGAAGCAUGAUAUAUACACUAAAACUGCUUCAUUAAGCUAAAGUUGUUUAGGUGACCCUUUAACUCACGGCUGGAAACAAAACAUUAAUUUCUUUGGAACAUUUCUCAGUCAUAUUAUUUAAUUCCUUUACAAAUAACUCCAGUCCCACCAGCCCGGGUUCCUCAAAAUAGCUUCCCAAACAGAGAGACACAAAGUGUGACCCUAGCCUUGUUUUAGAGCAUUAUCCAAGCCGAGAGCCGUCUAGUAAAGCAGAGGCUUUUGGGAGCAUGCGGUGACUGGGUUCAGCAGAUCGAGUUUUAUACCAGAUUCAUUCCAGUUACAGCUUCUUCACAGUAAAUUGUCAGAAAUUAAACAGGGAAUUUCAAUUUAUUUUUCCAGGGCUAUUUGCUAAAGUGAGAAUUCAAAAUGAAUUUCAAAUUGCCAAACUGAUAAAAAUUUGGCUAUGGUUUCAGUUUGGCUACUCCAAGAACCGUGACCACUUCUUUAAAUUGGUAGGUUUUAGCAGUUUCACUUUUUAUAUAAGCUUGGGUGGGGUGGACCUGCAGGCAAUAGUUAUUUUAAGAAAUACUAUAGAGUUAAAAACAUGUAUGCCUAACGCUAUAGUUACCUAUUUAAAUCACUCCCUCCCUCCUUGGGGUUCGAAGGCGACUUUUACUUAUCUUUCAGCCCUAGAUGCUCCUGCCUUCCGUCUCCUUGGCUGAGGUCAUCAAGAUUGAUAAACUCGACCAUCUUCGUUAUCACUCCAUGUACCAUUAACACUUUUUGAUAACUCCAUGCACCAUGACCACUGCAUUAUCCCUCAAUGUAUCAUAACCACUGCAUUAUCCCUCAAUGUAUCAUGACCACUGCAUUAUCACUCCAUGUACCAUGACCACUGCAUUAUCCCUCCAUGUACCAUGACCACUGCAUUAUCCCUCCUUGUACCAUGACCACUGCAUUAUCCCUCCUUGUACCAUGACCACUGCAUUUAUCCCUCCAUGUGCCAUGACCACUGCAUUAUCCCUCCAUAUACCAUGACCACUGCAUUAUCCCUCCUUGUACCAUGACCACUACAUUAUCCCACCAUGUACCAUGACCACUGCAUUAUCCCUCCAUGUACCAUGACCACUGCAUUUAUCCCUCCAUGUACCAUGACCACUGCAUUAUCACUCCUUGUACCAUGACCACUGCAUUAUCCCUCCUUGUACCAUGACCACUGCUUUUAUCCCUCCAUGUGCCAUGACCACUGCAUUAUCCCUCCAUAUACCAUGACCACUGCAUUAUCCCUCCUUGUACCAUGACCACUACAUUAUCCCACCAUGUACCAUGACCACUGCAUUAUCCCUCCAUGUACCAUGACCACUGCAUUUAUCCCUCCAUGUGCCAUGACCACUGCAUUAUCCCUCCAUAUACCAUGACCACUGCAUUAUCCCUCCUUGUACCAUGACCACUACAUUAUCCCACCAUGUACCAUGACCACUGCAUUAUCCCUUCAUGUACCAUGACCACUGCAUUUAUCCCUCCUUGUACCAUGACCACUGCAUUAUCACUCCUUGUACCAUGACCACUGCAUUAUCCCUCCAUGUGCCAUGACCACUGCAUUAUCCCUCCUUGUACCAUGACCACUGCAUUUAUCCCUCCAUGUGCCAUGACCACUGCAUUAUCCCUCCAUAUACCAUGACCACUGCAUUAUCCCUCCUUGUACCAUGACCACUACAUUAUCCCACCAUGUACCAUGACCACUGCAUUAUCCCUCCAUGUACCAUGACCACUGCAUUAUCCCUCCAUGUACCAUGACCACUGCAUUUAUCCCUCCAUGUACCAUGACCACUGCAUUAUCCCUCCAUGUACCAUGAUCACUGCAUUUUCACUCAAUGUACCAUGACCACUGCAUUAUCCCACCAUGUACCAUGAUCACUGCAUUUUCACUCAAUGUACCAUGACCACUGCAUUUAUCCCUCCAUGUACCAUGACCACUGCAUUAUCCCUCCAUGUACUAUGACCACUACAUUGAUUGGAAGAGGCUGUAUGUGUUUUUCUUUGAAGCUCUGCACAUACAUUGAUUAACCCCUUCAUUGCUGAAAGUGUAACUCCACCCCAGGCAGUGUCAGUAGUUGGCCCAGAACGGUCAAUUCUGUCCAACAUAAGUGGGGUUUUAACAUGUAUUUAUUUAUUUUUAAUGGGGGGUUUAGGGGACUACCUGAGAAAGGGUUACUCUAACAAAAACCACAGUUUUAUGAAAACUCCCCUGUUUUUUAGUUGGAAGUAACCCUUUAUUUUUGAAAUUUAUUUUGAAUUCACCAAAAUACUCAUUUUAGUAAACAAAACUUUGAAACCAGAGUUGUAACAUUCGAAAUUCUCUGGUCAUUUCGUAGUUUAUUGAAUAACCUGCCUUAGUAAACGCUUGGAUACUUUGUACCCUCUGCUCCAGCACGGGGCCAUCCCUUCCUUAUACCACGGUCAUUGCACUAAAUGUUGUUUCUGUUUCUGUGUUCCGUUCGUUUCACCAGGGCAUUGCACAGUUUGUGAGUAUAUUUUGUCCAUAAAUUGCCAGUGGUUUGAUUUUUCUCAAUGCCGCUCUUACAAUGUAUGAUCAGCUUUACUUUUUACUGUAUGUCAGAACUGAUUUAAUAUUCUCUCGUAUGUUCUACAUACAGUACUUAUAUGCUGCUACAGAAUUUAGAAUUUGAAUGUAUGAAUAUGUUUUCAUUGUUAUAUUUACUUUAAAGACUGUAUCGUGACUUUUUUUUUCUUUGUAAUUUUACAAUAAAGAUUGUGAAGCAAAACAACUGCAUCG